AUGAACUCGACGGCGGGCACGGUGCUUGAAUUCACCGUACUCAAGAGUCAACCGAAAGCCGAUGUGAGUCCGAGGCUUCGUUUCGCGAAGGCGUGGUUGCGACGCGUCAUUGCUCGGGCUGGCGUGAGAGUUCCCGCUGACAUGGCACUUUUCACGGUCUCCGGACGAUUAGGAGGCCUUAACAUUGCUCAGGAAGAUACAUUCCGUACGUGCGAGAAGGGCGCUUUCACGACCCCGGGACGAAUCACGCUCCUCAACCACUUCGUCACCAUUAGUCCCCGCCCUCGUUCUGACUCGUCAACCGACUGCUGGCCUUUGUAGCUCGUCAAGCCUAUCAUGAAGAAACACGGCUGGACCUUACCCAAACUCGUCGAAUUCUUCCCCAAACAAUCGAAUCUGCUAGGUCCGUGGACCGCCUCUGAGCCGGGCUUUCACGUGCAAGCUUAGGUAGCUGACUCGUGACUUGGGGUGUCACGAGAGCAGGUGUGAAUUACAAUGGGGGUGAAAAGAUUUGUUUGAGGUUAAGGCCGGCCAAUCGACCGACUUCGUUUUACCCUUUGGAAGAUGUGAGCCCCUCUUGGUCCAAUUUAUAAAACCCGGACAGCGAACGUGAUGUCAAAAGUCAAUGCGACCGCUUCGAGCUGACCCCGUGGUUCCCGGUCUCUCCCAGCAGCUGAUCGGAACGAUGCUCCACGAACUCACACACAACGUCCACGGACCGCACGACACCAAAUUCUUCACCUUCCUCGACGGACUGAACAAGGAAUUCGACGCGCUCGUCAGUACCGGAUGGUCAGGUGAAGGGUUCUACGGACGUGGGGAACGGGUUGGGGUAGGGGGGAGCCAUGAUGUUUCAAUGGGAGAGGCGAGAGAAUUGGCGUUGAAGAAAGCGGAGGAAAGGAUGAGGUUGGGCAAAUUGAUGGGCAAGGGGGGGAGGUUGGGAGGUGAUGUGGGCUUCACCAAGGGGAAGACGAGAGGGGAGAUCCUGGCUGAGGUGAGUCGAUCUGCAACGCAAUGCUCAGUCUCCGUUUCUAACUAUGUAUGGUGUCAAUAACAGGCGGCCGAACGACGAGCCCAAGCGAACAAGGCUUGUGGCGCCGAUCAUUCGGGAGACCAUCACCUACCCCCGACGAUCCAAGCCGAGAUUGACCAAGCCGAAGCCGAUGGGACUGUUCACGUCGUCGACCUCACACUGGACUCGGAUGGCGAAGACGAAGAUAUUUCUCGCGUUGUCGGUGAUCUUGCACCUCCCAAGGUCAAACAGGAGUCGGAUCCGAAUCCGAGCUCGGACGGGAUUGAGAUCUUGUCCGUUGCCGGGCCGUCGAAACGACAACAUCCUCCGCCACCGAAUGCAGCUCCAGCGAAGAAGACCAGAUCAUCAUCCAGUACGCCCUCGACAACCUCACAACAAGCACCUGGAUCCAGUAGUCGCCCUGCGUCACGGGCUCGUACCUCGUCAAGUGUUUCUUUGCCAUCCUCCUUGACGAGCGACAGUUGGACCUGUCCGACCUGCACCUACGACAACACCUUACCCUUCUUGACAUGCGAGAUGUGCGCGACUGAGCGACCUCAUAUCAAUAAACCCACAAUGUUGUUUUGUCCGCAUCGGGUCGCCCGGGAGGCAGGAGCUCCUGAUCCAUCGAUAUUGGAAUUAGACGAGGGCUGGAUCUGUAGUACGUGUACGACGAUGAACCAACAUGCCUUUUGGACGUGUUCCAGUUGUGGGACGGUCAAGAAGAGCAGUACGAGAAGUUGA